UAAUUAUAUAUAAUAAUUAUUAUAUAAUAAUUAUAUAAUUAUUAUAUUAAAUUUAUAUACUUUUAAAAUUGAUUUAUAUUACAUUUUCGUAUGUCAAAAUAAUUAAGAAAAUUAAAAAAAAAUUUUAAUAUGUGUAACUAUUAAAGAGAAUAAUAAUGAAAAAAAACUAAAAUAUAAAAAUUAAUCUUUAAUCAAAUUUAAAAUUAUAUUUAUAUUAUAAUUUUUAUACAAAUUAUAUUGUAAUAAUCUCUACUGUAAUAAUCAUAAUCUGAUUGAAUUUUUCAUAUGCAAUACAAUACAUUGUAACAUGAUUAACUAAGUUAUAAUAUCAGUCAAAAAAAAGUUAUAAUUUAUAAUUUAAUAAAUAAAUUAUUGUGAAAAAAAAUAUGGAAAAAAGUAUUUUUCGUCUAUUAAAAUCAUAUUUUAGAAACUCUUUAACUAUUAAAAGAUUUUACAAAGAUUAUAAAUCAGAUCAACCAAUAUAUGAUAGAAUAACAGAGGAUGAUUUUAAAAAUCUCAGUUUUUUUCAAAAAAUAGAAAGAAUAUAUUGUAUGUAUAAAGAUGAGUGUAAAUUAUUUAUACGUGAAGCAUUGCAGAAUUAUUCAAUAUAUCCACGUAAAUUUAUAGAAAAUGAAAUUGAUAUUGUAUGGAAGUUUGAUGGAUCUCAAAAGUCGCUGGAUCAAUGGAUUGUAAAUUCUGACAGUGAUUAUAAAUAUGGUUAUUCAAGUGCUAAGUUAGAAUUAUCAUCUCAUGGUUAUGGAAUAUUUCACGGUAUAUUAAAUACCACUCCAGUGAAAGAUGGCAUAACAACAGAUAGUGGUUACUGCAAUAUCACUACAAUCCCAAAAUUUAAAUCUUUUUAUCGAAUAGAUAAAUAUGAUUGGAGUGAAUAUAAUGAAAUUGUAUUACGAGUUAAAGGAGAUGGUAGAACUUAUAUGCUAAAUAUCUUACAAAAAGGAACACAAUUUAAGAAUUUUACUUAUCAUUAUUUUAUGUAUACAAGAGGUGGUCCACAUUGGCAAAUAGUUAGAAUUCCUUUUUCAAAAUUUGUGGUUUGUAACAAAGGACAAAUUAAUGAAAAUCAAUAUCGUUUACUUGAAAGUACUGUUACAAAUUUUGGUAUUACAAUUGCUGAUAAAAUACCAGGUUCUUUUAAAUUAGAAAUUGAUUAUAUUGGAGUUUGUUAUAAUACAAAUAUUUCUGAAAAUUUUGCAUAUGAAAUGUAUGAUGUAAAUAGGAACUAAUAUCUUUUUUUUUAUCAGAUAAUUAUAAAGUAAGAAUAUUUUUUUAUUAAUUUUAUUUAUGUAAUAAGUAUGAAAUAAAUACUUAAAUAUUUAAAUAAAGUAAAUAAAUUUAUAUACAUUA